AGAGGGAGAGGAGGGCUGAGAAGCAAGCUGGUUUGACCAGAAACAAAACUGCCUGUGACAGAUUAAGAGACAAGGCUUGGAAUUUGAGAGCUAGGGAGAGAGUGGAAAUUCACAGCUGCUCCGUGUGAGUGUUCCAGUGAUCAUUUUAUUCUGAUGUUUUCUGGUGGUAACUGUUACUCUCCAAAGAAAGGGGCAGAACGGCAAGAGGGAAUUGUGGAAACUCUUUUCUCUGCCACGCUUUGGUGACAGGAGGCAACCUCCAUUAAAUGGAAGAUAAAGGCUACUUCUCGUGGGGUGCUCAGAGCCCAAGAAAGAGCUGUCUUCAGCACCCCGCUACGUACCUGCUUCUUGUUGCUUAGACAAGCCUGGGCAUUUCUGUAACAUUUGCAUUCCAUACUGGAAGAAGAGCUCUCUACAUAAAAAAUGCCUUUGUUCAGCAAAUCACACAAAAAUCCAGCAGAAAUUGUGAAAAUUCUGAAAGACAACCUGGCCCUUUUGGAAAAGCAAGACAAAAAGACAGACAAGGCUUCGGAAGAAGUGUCGAAAUCACUGCAAGCAAUGAAGGAAAUUCUGUGUGGUACAAAUGACAAGGAACCUCCGACAGAAGCAGUAGCCCAGCUGGCCCAAGAACUCUACAGCAGUGGGCUGCUGGUGACGCUCAUCGCUGACCUGCAGCUCAUCGACUUCGAGGGAAAAAAAGAUGUGACCCAGAUAUUUAACAACAUCCUCAGAAGACAGAUAGGCGCUCGGAGUCCCACUGUGGAGUACAUCAGCGCCCACCCCCACAUCCUGUUCAUGCUCCUCAAGGGAUAUGAAGCCCCACAGAUUGCCUUGCGAUGUGGGAUUAUGCUGAGAGAAUGCAUUCGACAUGAACCACUGGCCAAAGUCAUCCUCUUUUCUAAUCAAUUCAGAGAUUUCUUUAAGUAUGUGGAGAUGUCAACAUUUGAUAUUGCUUCAGAUGCCUUUGCUACUUUUAAGGAUUUACUAACCAGACAUAAAGUGUUGGUAGCAGACUUCUUAGAACAAAAUUAUGACACUAUCUUUGAAGACUAUGAGAAAUUGCUUCAGUCUGAGAACUAUGUGACUAAGAGACAAUCUUUAAAGCUGCUGGGUGAACUGAUCCUGGACCGCCACAACUUUGCCGUCAUGACCAAGUAUAUCAGCAAACCGGAGAACCUGAAGCUGAUGAUGAACCUCCUUCGGGACAAGAGUCCCAACAUCCAGUUUGAAGCCUUUCAUGUUUUUAAGGUGUUUGUGGCCAGUCCUCACAAGACCCCACCUAUUGUGGAGAUUCUGUUAAAAAACCAGCCCAAACUCAUUGAGUUUCUGAGCAGCUUCCAAAAAGAAAGGACGGAUGAUGAGCAGUUCGCUGAUGAGAAGAACUACUUGAUCAAACAGAUUAGGGACUUGAAGAAAACAGCGCCCUGAGGACCUCAUGGUGUCCUGUCACAGCCAUCAUCUCACCUGUCCAGUUUGUACAAUAAUCAUCAUUUCAAAAAGUCAUCAUUCUGGGGAAGGCUUUGGAGGGCCCUAUCUCUUCUCAAUUAAUUGUUCAGGGUAGAUGGAAUAUAAACAUUUGAAUGGAAACAAUUAACCUAGAAUAAUAUAUACAUUUUAAUCAA